GGCGGCGUUUGGCCCAUCGCGGCCACCUUAGCCCUCCCUCCCCAUCGCGGCUCCGGCUCCGGCCCCGGCCCCGGCCCCGGCCCACCGCGGCUCCUCAGGGGCUGCCCGACCUCGGGGGGCUGCCCGACCUCGGGGGGCUGCCCGGCCUCGGGGGCUCCGCCAGCGGCGUCCGCCGGCCGGGCCAGGCCGCUGCCAUGUUCACCAGCACCGGCUCCAACGGGUUCUAUAAAGCGCCUUUGUCGAAGAGUUUGUUACUAGUCCUAAGUGCCAUCUCGAUUCUAUUGACUCUGCUCUUUCAACAUUAUCAGAAGUUCUUUGUGUAUAACCUACAAGCUAUAAAAGAGGAUUUUCAGAUUUGGAGACUUGUAUGUGGAAGAACAAUAUGUCUUGAUUUGAAAGACACAUUCUGUAGCAGUCUGCUCAUUUACAACUUUAGAAUAUUUGAAAGAAGAUAUGGCAGCAGAAAAUUUUCAUCUUUUUUGCUGGGUGCUUGGAUGCUCUCAGCUUUAUUUGAUCUUCUCCUUGUAGAAAUCGCUCAGUAUAUAUUUGGCAUCACCAUCAACAGCUUGCCUUCUGGUUUCUUGAGUCCUGUGUUUGCACUGUUUGUUCCAUUUUAUUCCUCCAUUCCAAGAGUACAGGUGACACAAGUAUUAGGCCACUUUUCUAUCACAAACAAGUCUCUGGUCUACAUACUCGGUUUACAGCUCUUAACCUCUGGUUCCUACAUCUGGAUUUUAGCCUUAAGUGGAUUGAUUUCUGGGAUUUGCUACAAUAGCAGUAUAUUAAAAGUUCAUCGAAUUCUUUGUGUACCCAGAUGGGUAGCAAAGAUAUUUUCUUGGACUCUUGAACCAGUCUUCUCAUCUGCGGAACCAACAAAUGAAGUUCGAGUGGGAAUGGGAGCAACAGUUGACAUCCAGAGGCAGCAGAGAAUGGAGUUACUGGAUCGUCAAAUCAUGAUGUCUCAGGUUGCCCAAAUGAGGCGGCAAAGACAGCAGCAGGGUGGGAUGAUUAACUGGAACAGACUGUUUCCUCCUUUACGUCAUAGACAUAACGCAAAUUAUCAAGAUCAUCACCCGUCUGAACAAGGCAUACCUCCACCUACUGAGGUUUCUGAAGAGCAGGUUGCACGGCUUAUGGAAAUGGGAUUUUCCAGAGGAGAUGCCCUAGAAGCUCUGAGGGCUUCAAAUAAUGACUUAAAUGUAGCCACUAAUUUUCUACUGCAGCACUGAUGGUUUUCUGUGUGAAGGAACUUCACUCGAUGAGUUUGUACAUGCCUGGAAGAGGAUCAGAGGAUCAAAGCCACCUGCUGGGCAGAGUCACCAAGGUCGGCCCCACGGGGGCGUCGGGAGAGAGAAACUGGCUCCACAUGACUGGUGACUCAAAGUGAUGUUAAGAAAUGAUGUGAACUGUUCCCAAGCCUUCAGAUCACUUGAUGAUUUCUAGUCUGGUUAUCCUUUUAAAAGUAACUUUAGUUUCUACUUAUUACUGGAUAUCACCUAAAUUUAUUUUUAAAAUAAAAUAGGUGGGUUUUUUCUUGUAAAUCCUUGUUAGACAUGUUAUCAGACUUAAUGACUGGGAAAAGAGGCGCCAGCACCUACAACAACUAGAUUUAUCUAUCAAGAAAAAUCGUAUUUUCUUCACUUACAAGUCUAAUUUCUUUAGCUUACAUGUUAUUUUACAGUACUUGAUUUUUUAUUACAGUAAUAAGAGGUUUGAAGGUCACUUCACUUUCAACUCAGUAAAGGGUUAUGGGACUAUUAUGUCAUUCUUUGCAAAGUUUUAUUAAUGCCUGUAAUACUUCAUUUCUCAAAUUUCUUUUUAAAUAAAAGUUGUCAUUCAGCACAUAAUACACAGAUAGGAUGAGAGAAAAUUCAUGUGUGUAUGGCAAGGUAUGGUAAGUGACCACUGUAAAUUUGAAUCUUUACAAACUGAGUGAAUUGCUGUUCAGAUACGGGUCAUGAAGAUACUCACUGGAAGCAAUAAAGGUGAAUCGAAUGAUGCAAUAAGAUCA